AUGGCGUGGGAGCUCCCAUUGUUCAGUGUGAACGUGCUUCCUGGAGCACGUGCUCUUCACGUGCAGAUGUUCAUCCAGCUGUUUCUGAAGCGAUGCCUCUGGAUGAGUGACCUGCAUCAGGCUGGACGUGAGGAAGAAACUUUGUACAAUGAGGGUGUCGCUCCCCCACAAGACCUGCAGAUCACUGAUCCUGGCCUCCUGGGUUCUCUCGAUAUAGAGUGGAAACCUCCACCCAAUGGAGACACCUUCAAGGAAUGUACAGUAAAAUACAGGUUUGAAUACCACAGCGCUGGGGACAGAGACUGGAAGGUUAUUUUUACUAAGAAGCUAAAAGUCAGAGUUGGCUUUGACCUCAGCAGGACUGCUGAAGUGCGGGUCCAGACACUGCUUGAGGGACGGUGUACCGAGGAUGUGGAGGUGCAGAGUGACUGGAUUUAUGCUACCUUUCAGGUCCCACUGCAAGGAAAACUGGAAUCAGAGGUUCAGAAUUUCCACUGCAUCUACCAUGACUGGGACUACCUCAAGUGCACUUGGCAACCUGGUCUCCUCACUCCUCAUAGUGUACAUUAUGGACUAUAUUAUUGGUACGAGGGGCUGGACCAAGCGGAGCAGUGUGACAACUAUGUUCAGGAGCAGGGUAUGAACAUCGGCUGCACAUUGCAAAACCUCAGCCAGGCAGAAUACAAGGAUCUGAGCAUUUGUGUCAACGGCUCGGCGGCCACGGCGCUGCUCCAGCCCUUCUACGUCACCCUUCGCCUCCACAACCUAGCGAAGCCCUCACCCCCGAAGCAGCUGGUGGUUUCCAUGCGUGCACCUGAGGAGCUCUAUGUGGCGUGGACCCCCCCAAGUGGCAAAACACCACCCCAGUGCCUGGAGUACGAGGUUCAGCUGGCAGAAGAUGACGGGGAGGACAAGGCUUCCUGGGCG